AUGAAUAAUGGCCCACAGAAACCAAGUACCCUGCGUUAUUCUGAAUACUAUACCAAGUUUUAUGAAUUGGAUCACACUCUAACAAAAGAAGAACGAAUUACUUUGAGAGACUACUUCUCAGAAAUUGGAUCAAAAUCGAGACUAGGAUGCAUUGCUGCGUUCGGUUUGGGAUUUGGAGCAGUUCUAUUCAGGAACCGAUCGAAGAUUAGCUCAGCAACUCUGCGUGUCAAAAUCUUGAGGAAUCAAAGCCCACACUUGACAAAUGAGGAACUCUUUGCCAAGUUGAAUGACCUACAAAAGCAAAAGCAGAAACAGAAACAGAACAAUAUUGGGGUCAAGGCUUUUCUCUGGGGGUUAGGUAGUGUUUUAUUGUUUUUUCCUGUCACGCUCAAAGUUUCGGAAAGUUCAGCUUACAAUGGGUUGGUUGCUAACCAUGCCCCUGUGGAUGGCGAGAAGGCUAAGGUCGUUAAAGUUGCCGAUUUGUUGAGCCAAAAUAACAAUAUUUUGCAAUGGAGAGUGUACUACGAAAUGACAAUCCGUCACCCUGAAAAAGCAAUAAAAGACCCAAGAUUGAACCAGCAAAACAGGAGAGUAAUUGACACGCAACAACAAUCUCAAAGACAACCAGAAACGAUGGAAUCGCAUGAGGAACCAUCGAUAGGGUUUUCUCAGGAAGUUAGAACUCCUGCUGCAGCUUCUCCAGAACCACUUUAUCCGAAAACAAUUGAUACAGCUCCGUCAGAUGACACACCUUCCUACGUUGAUAAUUAUCAAUCUGGCGAUGGCUUUGGAAAUAGAGACUCUGAUGAUGAUAUUUUUGAAAACAUGGGUCUUGCUGCUGGCGGUAGCUCCAAUUAUAGUUCUGCUAAGGGCAAAAAUGAAAAUACUUAUUCUUCCUCUUGGGAUAGGAUUAGAGCUGAAAACAAUGUAGAGGGUGGAAAUGAGGGCGGCUCUAGUUGGGAAAAAAUUAGAAGAAACUCGAAUUGA